AAUUAAAAUAUUUUAGAAAAAUAAAACGUUACUUAUUGGGAAGAAAAGUCAUAUGAGAAAAGACUAUGAUGAUUGUUUUUAAAACUUGAUGGAUAAACGGUUUUUUGAUAUAUGAAUCUUUCAUAUUUUUAGUUAUGACACUUUUGCUGAUAUUAAAAUUUGUACAGUAAGUUAAAAGCAAAUUCAAAAAGAAAAAGUCGCGAUUCGAAAAAGGUCUCUUUUCAAUUACAGUAUACUCGUAUUUCGAAUAUCACGACACAUUUAAAAACAUGAAAUGCUUAUCAAUUGCAGUGCAGUGACAUCCGUAACAAAAAAAGAGUUCUAACUGCUUUAUUUCGAAGAUUUACAAUAACAAAUAUGACAUAAAAUUUUGCGUAUUAGUAAGUGAGAAAUUGAGAUUGACAAUGAGUCAGUUCCACAUAUUAACUCAAAAUUGAGAAAUAUCAAGAUAUGUCUUUUUUGAAGAAAGUGCGCGAUAUUACUUAAGUGUUACGAAGUAAUAAUAUUAUAUUUUCUUAUAUGUUUAAGCUUGCCUGUAAAUGAAUUGAUGAAGAGCAAAUAUUGCAAGGAAAUGACACUAAUUGAACCAGAGAUUUGUUUCAUAUAAUGCUCACGUACUACUAGUAUACUAUAAUCAUAUGUACCUACAUACAAGUCUACAUAUUCAGUGUGUGUAAUUACGGGGUGAUAAGAUUAUGUGGAUUUGGUUGAUUUCACAGAUUGAAAUCACGUUAAUUGUGUUCGAAUAGAAAGUACGUUAUUUGUGCAGAAGCGGGGAAAAUAAAUGUAAUUUCCGUAUUCCACAGUGACUCAAACGAAGUUGUUAAUAACCGCAGAUACAUAUGCACAUAUAUAUGUGAGUGAAUAGCUCCAUAAAUAUAAUCGCGAAUGAAAUUAAUUUGAUUUUACAUUAAGAAAGAAAAUAUAUAUUAAAAGGUCGCCGUAACCGAAUGGGUUGGUGCGUGACUACCAUUCGGAAUUCAGAGAGAACGUAGGUUCGAAUCUCGAUUAAACACCAAAAUUAAGAAAAACAUUUUUCUAAUAGCGGUCGCCCCUCGGCAGGCAAUGGCAAACCUCUCAGUGUGUUUCCGUCAUGAAAAAGCUCCUCAUAAAAAGUAUCUGCCGUUCGGAGUCGGCUUGAAACUGUAGGUCCCUCCAUUUGUGGAACAACAUCAAGACGUUCACCACAAAUAGCAGGAGGAGUUCGUCCAAACACCCAAAAAGGGUGUGUACGCGCCAAUUAUAUAUAUGUACAGGGUAGCCAAUAUUCGACGGACCCAUCUGGCAACCCUGUAUCUUUUGACAGAGACGUCAGAUCGCUUAAUGACACACUGCGUUGGAAGCGUCAGUCCAAGGAGAUUUUUACCAUUGAACAGUACACGCCACGCAAGCGCUCCCAAAUUGUUGAAAUUUACAUUCAACAAAAGAAGUCAAUUUGAAAACUCAGCGUGCGUGUAAAAAAUUAAAUAAUAUGAAAAGUGCGUCUUCUAAGAACACCAUUAGACGUUUGUACGAAAGGUUUUCGACUGGUGAUGCGACCAAGGGGAUCGGAUGAGAAUAUUGCUCUUGUGCGGGCCAGUGUUGAGACGUCGCCAAGGACAUCCCAAAAUCGGCGUUCACAGCAGUUGGGCAUUGCUCGGAUCACUUUACAACGAAUUAUCCGCAUUGAUUUGCAUUUUCCCGUAUAAGAUUCAAUUGACGCAAAGAUUGUUGCCUGCGGACAAGCCUCGCCGAUUGGAAUGGGCCCAAAAAACACAUGGGUCCGUCGAAUAUGAGCAACCCUGUAUAUAUAUACCCUACGAUCAAAAAAUACCGAGAAUGAGAUGUUGACUGUUUUCUUCAAUUGCCAAGGCGUAAUGCAUCAUGGGUACCUUCCAUCGGACCGUACAGUCAAUAAAGAAUAUUAUUUAUCCGUUUUGAAGCGUUUUAAAGAUGGUGUGCGGCGUAAACGGCUGGAAAUUGUGCUAGAUUAUUUGACCAAACACCAAGUAAAUACAUUCGUGCAAGCACUGGUCCCGUGCGACUUCUUUUUGUUUCCCAAAGUAAAGUUACCACUUCGUGUAAAGAGAUUUCAUUCGAUAUAGGAGAUUAAAGAGAAUGCGACGAAGGAGCUGAAGGCCAUCCCUUCACCGGCGUACCAGGGGUGCAUGGAGGACUGGGUUAAACGAUGGCACAUGUGUGUCGCUUCGGACGGGCCAUAUUUUGAAGAAGAUAAAAUAAAUUUGCCAGAAAUUUAACUCUGUUUUGUUUUAUUUAAACAUUACCGGUACUUUCUGAUCAUAGGGUAUAUAUUAUAUAUAUAUAAUAUACAUAUAUAUAUAUAUUAAUCUUACCGCUUUCCGCGGAAUUUUUAUUUUGAAAUAUUUAUCCAAAUAAUUGGAGGGGACAUAUUAUUGUAUCGCUAAACUUUGGUGUGCAAAUGAAAUACCUAAGGUUUUAUGCUGCUAUGUUUUAUAUGAAAGCUUUUGCAUGGCAGAAAAAUACUCUCAGAAGUUUCCUGUUGCCUGCGGGGGGGAAACCAUAAUUAGAAGCAAAUGUACGGAUAAAAUAUAAUACAGAAAAGCAUGUCCGAUGUGUUUAUGAUAUUAGCAAUGUCUCCCGAGCUUAUAUUUUCUAUAUAUUGUACAAGUUGAUGAUACGAAUUGUAAUGUAUUCUCUUUCAACUUUUAAAUACCUGUAUUCGUAUAUAAUUGAGUGUUGUCAAAUAAAAAUCCAUUGAAGUUUGUUUGUGGCUGGAAAACUUAUUUCUCCGGUCUACAAUCAAGGCCUUCCUACUGGUAUUUGGUGUCAGUUCUUUAUUAGCUCUAAGCACACGGUUUUGUUUUGGUGUAAAUGCUAAUAAAAAAUAUUGUUGUCUAUGUCAUUAGUUUUCACCAAACGUGUAAACAUGCAAUAUUUUUUCAUCUUCAUUUGUAGACGUUUCAAUUAAAUGAACAACACCCAACGAAACUGCUGAUUGUUUGUUAAACAUAUAAUACUAAAAAUAAAUAAAAGUUACUGUAGGGCAAGUUUUUAUGCCAAUAUAUAUAUUAGUAAAUUUUAUUAGCCGCCGUUACGGGGGAUUUGUAAGCUUAGAAAUAAAAAAAUAUUUUUAUUUGUGUACCCAACCGUUUUACCUUUCGUUUUGUUCAAGGCGAAUCCAUUCAAGGUGGUAGCAGUAGUACACAUACAAAAUUUUAAUGUUUUAGUUUUUGUAAUUUGGUGGUUUGAGUUUAAAAGUUUCAAUCAGACUGUAAGCAAACAAGCGAAAUAGUGACAAAAGAACAGAUCAAUUUGCCAUUGAAACCACCAAAUAGCAAGCAAAAAAGAGAAAACAAAUUAGCUUUUAUACUGUAGUACAUUCCAGGGGCUCAUUCACAAAAGUCUGGGUUUACUUUAUAACGCUAUUAAUCUAGACUCGAAUCGCCAGAUCCGUGAACGGACAAUUCACGUCUCUGGCAAUAAAAAUAAGAAUCAGUCCCACGCCGAGCAGCUAGUACGAAAAGUUAAGGUUUGGAUCGUCACAUCCGUGAUCGUACACAUCGUAACUGAAAUAUUCAUGUUUCGGAUAAAGAAAACUUUAACCAAAAAAUUUCAGUUACUGAAAUUUUUACUUUGCUUGGAGAUAUUCCAAGGAGGUGGACACUUUCUACUGAGUGACUGCUAAUGGUAGAACAGUAGACACUGCUUUGCCGUCUGACUAUUACAAAUUUCAUUUUUCCAAAAUAUAUUGGAAACGCUCUUUUGUCAAGCGAAAAAGCUUUAAAAAUAUGUAAUGAAUGUUUUAUAAAUAAACUUUCUAUAAUAAAAUGCUUACGAUGGACAAUGGACUAAUCCCUCAGCUGCCUCCUUAUUAUGCUUUGAUAUCGUUCGCCAUCAGCUUAACUUAAAUAGAAAAACAAAUUCGGUACAUGUUAGAUUUAGCUUAACACAAGCCUUUUUUUUUAUUAUUUUGACAACUCUACAUUUAUUGUGAAGACAAACACAACCCAAAAAAUAGAUGACGAUCCGUUGGAGAUAAAACGGUUGAUUGUUCACGUAAUUUUGUUUCAUCCGUCGCCGAUACGAUCAUGAAUGUGAAGAUUCGAUUUCAGGUCUUAUAUUGUUAUGCGCUUUCAACUCAAACCGGCUAUAUAAACUCCAGUAUGACAUCUUGUGUUAUUGUUUUCAACGUAAUUUGCUAAAUUUCCUAGUGUGGGAUGAAAAAAAAUAUAGGUAUUAUUUCACUUAUCAACAGUGGGGACAAAUGUUUGAGUAUGUUUUAUCCCAUAGAGUACACAAUUUCAUUUGUCAUGAUACAAAAAUGAGUAAUACUACAAUAAUCUUGCAUCAUAACUCUAAUAACGGGUGAUUUUUUAGCUAUUAUCUUUUUAAACAGUUGGUUUAAACAGCUGACGCACGUUUCGUGCUUGUUUCACUGUCAAACAUCUUCAGUUUGGUCUAUAAUUUAACCAUGAUUCGUCUUACAAAGUUAAGAAAGUUUAUCGCGCGAGUUAUGAGUUAUGUUAUUAUGUACCCUGUAUUUAUUAAGGUAUUUACUAAUGUAUGUAUGUAUUAUAUUAUUCAACGGCUUAACAUAGCUGUACACAUUCCUUCCAAUAUCUAUGUACAUAAAAGCAUCGAGAUCACGCCACUGUUGGCUGUCCGAUAAUAGUUAUAUGUUUCACAACUUCCCUUUUAUGAUUCAUGUACUAUGCUAGUUAAUGACAUUAAAUAUGAGUCGAUGUAGUUUGGUUUUUUUAGUUGAGUGAAAUGAAUAAAGUCAUGAAAAAAUUAAAUUUCUUUGAAAUAUAAAAUUUCUUUGAAAAACAAAAUUUUCUUUGAAAAAAUAAAAGAAAAUUUAAGUGGCGCAGUCGGUAGGAUUCCUAUUUUUGUUUAAAAGGAAUCCAGUGAAACGAAACGAAAACUCUAAAAUAAUUUUAUACCGAAAAAAGACACACUGCUGGUUAAUAAAAACAAAAGGCGUAUUUUUUUUCCAAGUAUGCAACGAAGUUAGUUAAAACAAAAAUUUAGUAACUAACACAGAAACAACACUGUGACAAUAUUAUAUGAAAAGUCAGGAGAAACGCCAACAAAUUUUUGAGAAAAACCGUAAAAUGACGGAGGGUAAUCAAAGUACCAUCGAACAGUGUCUAGCGGCUUUGACGCAGCUCGUAGUAGCGAAUCAUCAACCCAUAUCAUGGAGGAGUAAAAUAGAAAAGGAAAUUCGGUAUUUGCCGGAGUUCCGAGGAGAAGCAGGUACUCUGCCAUCCUUUAUAGAAGCUGUUAACAGAGCCCUUGCAGAUUUCCCGUCAAGUUGUGAUGACGUUUACAAAAUAAUUUUCAACCUGAAGGUUCAGGGCAUGGCCAAAAAUAUACUAUCCGUGAGCCCCCCUUCGACGUGGGAUGAAUGCAAGCAGCGGCUAAAGAAGCAUUAUCGAGCGUCCAGAAAUCAAAUGGAAAUAACGAGUAUCAUCAAUAAUCUUAAAGUAAGAAGUAUAAAAGAUCUAGAUUAUAGAAUUACUAAAAUAUUAGAGUAUAUAAGCGAACUUGCACUGUUUGAAGAUGAUUCCGAAACUGUAACUAAUAUAUUUAGUGGCAUGCUUGUACAAAGAACAAAAGAAUUAGUUUCAGGUCCUCUUGCAUUCGCAAUUAUGAAAAAACUAAAAAUUCAAGAAGUUAGAGAAAUUGUGGUUUCUUUUGUAGGUCAAGACGAGGGUAAUUUAAAAAGUAGUCUACUUCUAAAGCAUACAAUAAAUAAUACUGAAUGUCAUUCAAAAUAUUACCAAAAUCAAAAUUACUACUCAGAUCGUAAUAGUCGCUACGAAAAUGAAAAACCAAAACAGUUACAACAAAACACAAGCAAAUACGAUCGAGAAACUAGACAUCAUACUAAUAGUCCACAACAGCAUUCAUAUAAUACUAGAUCAUACCACAAUAACAAUUAUAACCGAAAUCGUCACGAUGUAACAAAUAGCAGCAAUGAACCAUUGAGACAAGACAGCGAUAGUACUCGUAGGCAACAAUAUAGGCAAAGCGAACCGAUGGAGGUAGAUGUUAUCAGCCAAACCCCAUUUGAAACAAAUACAACUGAAGACAUUUUUUUUAUCAACUAGCCU